UCGUGAAGGCAGCAUAAGAAAUUGGACUUGUUCUUCCGCGUUUACCUGCAGCUCUGAACCAGGGACAUAGGGAGUUUCACAAAUAGGUGUGUGUUACUGAAUUGAACAGGACAUACAAUAAGCUGCUUAUUUGUGUCGUUAUAUGGGUUGUAGGUAGAACGAGAAGAGAAGAGAAGAGAAGAGAAAGGGAAAUGAGCUGAAAAGGCUGACAAAGUUUAACCCGAAGAAAAGCAAAGGCACUUAAAGUUUUGUUUUCGUUGAAGUUAGCUGAAAUUGUCGUGUCCUCGUUCACAAUGGGAUGUUUUAAUAGUACAGAGAGCAAACGUGACUGGAAACCGCUGGAGGAGCGCAGCUGCACGGACAUCCCAUGGCUCGUCAUAUUCACAUUGUUUUGUAUUGGGAUGGCCUGUAUUUGUGGCUUUUCCAUCGCCACAGGAGCUGCCUCCAGGCUUAUCUCAGGAUAUGACAGUUAUGGCAACACCUGUGGUCAGAAUAACACCAAGAUCGAGGGAGUACCCCUCAGUGGCCGUGACAUGAAAGAAAACAAGUAUGUUUUCUUUCUAGACCCUUGCAACCUUGACUUAAUUAACAGAAAGAUCAAGUCCAUUGCCCUGUGUGUCUCCAAAUGUCCUUCUACUGAGCUGAAGACAUACAGCGAUUUAAAGCAGUUUGCUCUGAAUAAUGGAUCUCAUCUCUGCUCCUAUGAUAUUUCUCCUACAAGAUACACAAGCCAUUCAGACAGAUCCACUAAAUGUCCCAAACUCCCUGUUCCACCAAGUAAGUCUGUCCCACUGUUGCACCGCUGUGUUCCUGUGGAUAUCGGCUGCUAUGCUGAAUUCGCCCAGGCAUUCAUCACAUUCGUCAGUGACAACACUGUGCUGCGCCGGGUCAUUGCAGGGGUGAUGGCCAGCAAGGAGAUUAUCAUGGGUCUUUGUGUGCUGGCUUUAGUACUGUCCCUGAUCAUGAUGGUUGUCAUUCGUUACAUCUCCAAAGUACUGGUGUGGAUUAUAACAGUUCUGGUAAUCAUCGGCUCUAUAGGUGGGACAGGCGUCCUCUGGUGGCUCUAUGUGGACCACAGGACUGCCCUUAAUAAAGACACCUUAUCUGUAUUUGGGAAAGAAGUGGCCUCAGACAAUGUUAAGGCCCUGCUUGUCUAUGCAAUUAGUGCUACAGUUUUCACGGUAGUUCUCCUGAUAGUGAUGUUCUUCAUGAGGAAGCGUGUGGCUCUCACCAUCUCCCUCUUCCAUGUGGCUGGUAAAGUGUUCAUCCACCUUCCCCUGCUGGUCCUGCAGCCUUUCUGGACCUUCCUCUGCCUCAUGCUCUUCUGGGUCUACUGGAUCGCUGUGCUUCUCUCUCUCGGGACUUCAGGGACACCAAUAAAGAACAACUCUACAGGUGUGGUUGAAUAUCAAAUACAAGGGCCGCUUCAGUACUUGGUGUGGUAUCACGCUGUGGGUCUCAUCUGGAUCAGUGAGUUCAUUCUUGCCUUCCAGCAGAUGACCAUUGCUGGAGCCGUGGUCACCUACUACUUCACAAGGAAUAAGUCCCAGAUGCCAGCAACUCCCAUCCUCUCCUCCAUGGCACGUACCAUCCGCUACCAUCUGGGUACUCUGGCCAAAGGCUCCUUCAUCAUCACGCUUGUUAAGAUCCCUCGUCUCAUCCUAACAUAUAUCCACAGCCAGCUCAAAGGAAAGGAAAACGCCUGCGCUCGUUGCAUGCUGAAAGCUUGUGUCUGCUGUUUGUGGUGUCUUGAGAAGUGUCUCGCAUACUUAAAUCAAAAUGCUUACACUGCUACAGCCAUCAACAGCACCAGUUUCUGCACCUCUGCCCGUGACGCUUUCCUUAUCCUGGUGGAGAAUGCGCUCCGAGUGGCCGCCAUCAACACUGUGGGCGACUUUGUCCUCUUCUUGGGAAAGGUGAUUGUGGUCUCCUGCACAGCUUUUGCCGGAGUCCUGGCUCUGAACUACCAAAGGGACUACACCGUGUGGGUCCUGCCUCUCCUCAUCGUCUGUCUGUUUGCCUUCCUGGUGGCUCACUGCUUCCUUUCUGUCUUUGAGAAUGUGGUCGACGUUCUCUUCCUCUGCUUCGCUGUGGACUCAAAGUAUAACGAUGGCAGCCCUGGACACGAGUACUACAUGGACAAGGCCUUAAUGGAAUUUGUUGAGAACAGUAAGAAAAUGGGUUGGUACAAGCCAAGUGAUGGAGAUGGACGAGAGAUGAAAUCCAUGGCGCGUGGAGGAACGCUUGCUUGACCAAGCGUCGGAAAGACUGCCAAAACCACUAAAAAUACACCAAAGCUUAACUCACAGUUUACCAGCAUUUCACUCCAGGGACAUCAGUAAGAUAACAAUGCACUUCAUACAGAAGCUACACAUAGUUUUAGUAAAAGAUGCAUUGGGUUUUAUUUUUUAUUUUAGAGAAAGAAGGACUGCAAAUAUCAUAAGUUUGACAUUAAUAGCUGUAAUAUGACAAAAGCUCAUUCGGGUUUGUGUUUUGUUAUUAAUAAGAUAGGUUUGCUAGUUUUGUCAUCCUAUGUAACUUGAGUUUUUUCUUUUAUCACAUUUUAAAUAAUAUGAACAAUUUAACAUGGUUUAACAUGUUUUGUUUUCCUUGUUACAUAAUUAUUGUUAGCUAUAGUGUGGUGUACAUUUUGAAAAGGAUACCUAACUAUGUUUUGUCAAAGGCUGUUCAAGUUGUUUUAUUACUUUUAUUACUCAAAUUUUAUACUUAAAUAAAUUAAAACAGAGUUUUA